AUCACCACAAAACCCAAGCCAAAACCCUUAACCCUACUCUGGAACCCUCUCACUCACGCCUCGUUCAUUUCCAUGUCUCUGCUUCAGUGAGACUUCAAUCACAAUGAAUUUCACGACGCCAUUAACGAAUUAACCUUCUUACACCUUGCAAUUUCUUGAUAUGUCGAACAAGCAAGCUCGCGGUAAGCACCAAAUUCCUCAGAAGAAAUGCAAUCAAAACAAUAUGAAGCUUGCCGCCAAUUCGAAUAAGAGAAAACAGCCGCAAAAGCUGAAUUCGAAAUUAGGUUUACAAAUACAGGAUGAUUUGUUACCUGCUCAGUAUAUUUUGAGCAAAGUGUUCAGGAAAGACGGGCCUCCUCUCGGCGUGGAGUUUGAUGAUCUUCCUUCUCAUGCUUUUCGAUUCUGUACUGUUAAAGCAGGUUCAGUAAUAUCUCAUCGUGCUUGCCAAGAAAGACAAAGAGCACUUAAAAGGCAAAAGACUUCCAAGCCUACCAAUGUUGAAGACCAAAUUACCCCUCCAGAUACUGCUUCAUUUAAACAUGGUAUGGGAAAAGGUUUGAUGACAGUAUGGCGACUUACAAACCAGGAGGGUAAUUCAGUCAAGAAACAUGGUAUCGGAAAAGGUUUGAUGACAAUUCGACAGUUAACAAAUCCUGAUGCUGUAAUUCUCCCAGCAUGUGUUGACAAUGAAGAUGGAACUUGUUCUCAGUUUUCACCUUCUACUUCACGAAAACCACCUACUCAAGGAAAAAAGAAGUCUAGAAGACAACAACCCGCGACGAGGAGGUUGGUGAACAAAGUACAAGAGAAGAAAUCAUUAACUAGAACUAAAAAGGUGAGAUGUGAACAAGUUGAUACGGAAAAGCAAACACGGAGGGAAACAUGUGAAAUUGCUUUGGUUGGAGCGAAAAACGAAGAAGAUCAAAGCCAAUAUGCAAUGCUAGUGGAUGAUGAGGAGCUGGAACUAAGAGAACUGCAAGAAACAUCAAGUCCGUUGACAUGCUGUGCUCAUUGUGCAGCCAAUGGGUUGCAUGGUUGUUCACUUUGCAAAGAUUUGCUGGAAAAGUUCCCUCCUAACUCAGUCAGAAUGAAGCAACCCUUGCAUAUGCAGCCGUGGGAUUCUUCACCACAACUUGUUAAAAAGCUUUUUAAGAUAUUUCACUUUGUUAGCACGUAUGCUGUAAUAAUCGGUAUCCAGUCCUUUACACUUGAUGAGCUUGCACAAGCUUUUAUUGACAAGGAUUCCGUUUUACUUGGAAAACUUAAUAUAGCCCUUUUGAAACUGCUUCUCACUGGUGUCGAGAAAGAACUGGAUAGUGGAUUUGUAUCUCAUAUCAGCAAGAACUGGAAGUAUCGUGGGUUGCUUCAAUCAGUUGAACACGAAGACUCUGUCCUAAAACUGUGGAAGAAAUCCUUGAAUUCCCUAACAUGGAUAGAGAUAUUACGCCAGGUGUUGGUUGCAGCUGGAUUCGGUUCAAAGCGCGACACAUCACUUAAGGAACCUCCCAACAAGGAAGCUGCUUUGAUGGCUAAAUAUGGUUUAAGCCCAGGUACUCUAAAGGGUGAAUUGUUUAAUAUAUUAUCAUUGCAAGGGAAUAACGGCAUGAAAAUAUCCGAACUGGCUACGUAUUCAUCGAUCGAUGGAUUGAAGCUUGCGGCUGCAACUGAUGAAGUAGAACAAUUAGUAAGCUCAAUGCUGUCGAGUGAUAUUACUUUAUUCGAGAAAAUAUCUUCUUCUACAUACCGUCUCCGCAUUAACUCCGUCACUAAGAAUUCUGAGGAUGAUGAAUCUGAUCUUGAAGAUUACGGUAGUGUUGACGAUGAUCCCAAGGAUAUUAGCGAUUCUCCUGAUAUAAAUGGACAAAAGAACGUUACUAGAAACAAGGAUAGUAAGUUACUCGUAAUCUCCGAAAUUGAUGAGAGCUAUCCUGGAGAAAUGUGGUUAUUGGGACUUAUGGAAGGUGAAUAUUCCGAUCUAAAUGUUGAAGAGAAAUUGAACGCCCUGUUGGCUUUGAUUGAUCUACUUAGUGCUGGUUCUAGUAUAAGAAUGGAGGAACCUGCAUCAUGCUCUGUUUCCAACGUUCAUCAUAUUGGUUCUGGAGCAAAAAUAAAGAGAUCAACCGCAAAGCAACUUGAGAACGAGCGCAAUCUGCUGAUUAGUAGUUGUGAGUCGGAUACAGUACACGAUAUGCAACCGGUUGAUUCUUCACGAAUCAUCUCAGUGAUCCAAGAGAAAAGUAAUAGUGAAGCAGAAAUAGAAAUUAUAAAUGAUUUACAUCCCAUGCAAUCAAUCUUUUUGGGAUCAGAUCGUAGGUAUAAUCGAUACUGGAUUUUCUUAGGCCCAUGUAACACGUGCGAUCCGGGCCACAAGAGGGUUUAUUUCGAAUCAUCUGAAGAUGGUCACUGGGAAGUGAUUGAAACCGAAGAGGAUUUAGCAAACUUAAUUUCAGCUUUGGACGAAAUGGGAAGAAGAGAGUGUCAUCUUCUUUCAUCGUUUAAAAAGCACGGAGCUUCUCUUUGUGAAGCUAUGUCCCGUACGCAUACUGAUGUUACAGUUGGUUUACCGGCUGUUUCAGGUGAAUCUGAAAGGAGUGUUUCCAGAGAUGACAGCUCAUCAGCCGUGUCUGAUGUGGACAACCUACUGGGACUAACUUACACCCAACACGAUAAUCUGGCUUCUACCAGUGCUGUUUCUAUUGUUUCUAUUCCGAUUGGAAAUAGAGAGCAGACUAAACAGAAAUGGUGUCGCCUUCAACAAUAUGAUGUAUGGUUAUGGAACUCGUUUUGUUCCGCCCUAAAUUCAGCUAAACAUGGGAAAAAGUCGUUUCUUGAUUCACUUGCUAGGUGUGUGAGCUGUCAUGAUUUAUACUGGAGAGAUGAGAAACAUUGUAGGAUUUGUCAUACGACAUUUGAGCUUGAUUUUGAUUUAGAAGAACGAUAUGCCAUUCAUGCUGCCACGUGUAAGGAUGACUCAGCCCUCGAUAUGUUUCCAAAGCAUAAAAUUUUCUCAUCACAGUUACAGUCACUUAAAGCUGCAGCAUACACACUUGAGUCAUCUAUGCCUAAGGGUGCAAUGGUGGGUGCUUGGACAAAAUCGGCACAUAACAUAUGGGUCAAGCGGUUAAGACGUACCUCCACUCUGGUGCAGUUGCUACAGGUUCUUUCUGAUUUCGUUGGUUCUAUCAAUAAAGAAUGGGUGUAUGAAAGUGACGCAGCUCUUGGGUUUGAUUAUGAUUUGGAUGAUAUUAUUGCAAGCUUUGCAUCCAUGCCCCAAACAUCGUCUGCAGUAGCAUUGUGGUUGGUUAAACUGGAUUUUCUAAUCGCUCCUCAUUUAAAAAAAGGUUGACCUCGAAAAAGCAACGGGUGUGACUAUAAGAGCUAGAUAAAAAAGGUAAAAACAUUCUAGUCGGUCAGGUAGGUAUUAUUCUAAGUGAUCAAUAAGGCAACCAACUUGAAACAAUUGCAUGUAAUGCAAAUCACCGUUUUGUAUCUCGGUUUUGUGAUUUGCUGAUGGAAGUAUGAGAUUGGCGGCCAGAUGGUAAGAAAAAGUGCGUGGGAUCUUAUCUUAAGGUUGACUAAGGCUGGGGUUACCGUAUUUUUGGGACGGGAGUUAGCUGAGAUGAUAUAAAAGAUUCUUGUACAGGAAAUUAGAUGGUUAAUCUUGAAGGAGUUUACAGCUUUAGGUAUAAUAUACUUGUGUUGAUUCACAAGACCUACUUUUUGCCAGAAAACUAUCCACAUUUCUUCAUUCCUUAUUAUAGAUGAUGUAUGUUGUAGUGCUCGCUUAAACCUUAAACGUCAAACCUUACCUUUGAUCGAAAUGGAAUAACGUCUUAUUUGUUAAUAACUAAAGCUCAUGUUGACUUUCUAA